GACGACAACUCGAAAAGGAAGUCUGCAUCAAUUGCUGCCUCCCCAAAUAUUACAAUGCCUCCACGAAUCUGUAUCAGGGUCCCUGUGGGAUCCUUACAGCAGCAGCAUGCUGUCAAUUCGACAAUUUGCGCUCGACCGUUCUCAUCAACCCCAUCCACACUCGCUCUUGGUCCCGAAUCACCUAAUUACAUCGAGGUCCCCAAGCCAAAGCAACCCUCGUAUGAUCACAAACCGCGCAUGAAGGGUGUCCUACCUACACCGAGAGAUAUUUUCAGAAUCCGAAAUGCGAAGCCUAAAGAGUCAGAGGAGCUCAUCAAGCAAUCGACGCCUGAUGCCACCAAAGUCAAAAUUCCCGGGCCGUUCAGCAAAGACGCAGAGUACCGACUAUACAAACAAAGACUGGCUGCCUCCCGAAAACAAGCUUUGAAAGAGGGUAUUCAGGAAUUGCAUGUGCGGAAAACCACCACAGAGGCCAGCGAGUCCUCCAGGAUAAAGGCACUCCAGGCCGACAAGCUCGCGCGAGCUAUGGCACCUCCAAGGGAUGUAGACGUCUUGACGCAAAAUUCGGUCUCGAAGAGCAUUCGUGAUUUCCUACAUGACGAGCUCCCAUCCUCUUCUCGGUCGAAUAUAUCUGACGAUCGCCGCGUUCUCUUCCGCCGCAAAAUGGCUAAACAUGAGGCGAAGCGCCAGGCCCGUUUACACGACCUGUACACCAACGCGAGAGAGUUUAUUGUCACAGAGAGUCAAUUAGACGAGGCGAUUGAGAAAGAGUUCGGCACUGAAGAGGAACCAAUGGGCUGGGACAACAUGGGCAAGAUGGUGCAAGGUGCCGAAGGCCGCAGUCCAUGGAAUGGACCGAUACCCGAAGGUAUCAGCGAUAUGUUGCAGAAACUAAAGGGCGGAGAAGGUGUCGGCUUGGCCAAGGAAAGAGUAAAGAAGGUUGCCGAAGAACUGACUGGAGGCAAGAUGUAGUAACUGGGCUGGUCACUUAUUGGACCAUUCUGUAUGAUAUAGUCGAGCACGGGAGACCGCCUGUUGCUGUACCAUCAUGUAAGAAACUUGUGCAUAUCUCCGAUUCAACGUUGUUCUAGCG